CUCUAGCCAAGAAGAAGGAGGGUUAUUUUGGAAACGCCUGCGUUCAUUUGAUUGACUUCCCCUCAUUACUGCUGGAGAAGCAACCUGACAUAAAAAUACGUGAACUUACCUGUUUUGCCAGUUUCACAGGCACGUGACCAGGCAGUGCUGUUCUGCCAUUGGCUGAAAUUCUCUGUGACUUUGGACCCAGGAUGGUUUUAGCCAGGAGUGUUUUCAUUUCAAUCACUGUGAAACAGGUGAGGUGAAAGAUGGGUCUGACCAGCAGCUCUGCUUCACCGCAGGUGCUUGUGAUGGGUCUGGACUCUGCAGGGAAGUCAACGCUCUUGGCCAGGCUGCUGACAGGACAGGUGAUGGACUGCUCACCUACUGUUGGGUUUAAUGUUGGAACACUGGAGUUGGACAAGAAGACGUCGCUGACUGUUUGGGAUGUAGGUGGACAGAAGAGCAUGAGACCCAACUGGAGGUGGUACCUAGAUGGCUGCCAAGCUUUGGUUUUUGUGGUGGACAGCAGCGACUCAGCACGUAUGCCGGAAGCUCGCAAGGCUUUGAAAAAGAUUCUCAGUGAGGAAAAACUGCGUGGAGUCCCUCUGAUGGUUCUUGCAAACAAGAAGGAUAAGCCAAGUACGAUGACUAUCCGGGAGAUCUCCACUCAGCUGGACCUUUCCAGUUAUGAGGGCAGACUAUGGGAGAUUCAGGCUUGCAGUGCCUUGCAGGGACUUGGACUUCAGCAGGCCUUCAGAUCUGUUCACAAACUUAUCAAGAAAAAUUGAGAUGCCACAGCACUACUACAGUUUUAAAUCAAUUUUACCUGCUCCUAUUCAAUAUUUUGAAAUAAAAUGUUUUUAUUGCAAAGGUGGCAGUUUACUUGAAAAUAUUAAUAAGUUGAGCAAACUCAUUUAGCUUAUUAAACAAUGCAUUUUCUGUGUCUUAUAUUUAUUGUACAGAUGUUACACUCAGCUGGAAUGGAGUCUAAUA